GUAACCCCGGAGCACGCGCCAACUGGCUCCGGAGCCGGGUGCGAGGAGGACCGGGGGUAUCUUGUUAGGAAGGAAAUAACAUCUCAGUGCGAUUUCACAUCUCUGAAGUGCCUGGCUCUCGUCUCCUCUCUGCUGCAUGUAAGUGACCUGGUCCAUGAGCAGUGAAGGAAUUCACGGUGCCAUGACUGAGGAGCAAGAGAACUCAUGUGAAAUAAGGAGGAGGAGGCUUCGGGACUAGGGGUGUCCUCUCGGUUUACAGACAUUUGACCGGAGGCCUCUCCAGAGCAGCGGGACGGAGAGGAGUUGCAGAACAGAGCCGAUUUUCCAAGCCGCAGAAAAUGUUCAAGUCCCAGAUCUCGUUUGAGGAUGUGGCUGUGGACUUCACCUCGGAGGAGUGGCAGCUCCUUAAUCCUACUCAAAAGAGCUUGUACAGAGACGUGAUGUUGGAGAACUACAGCAAUCUGGUUUUCUUGGGUUAUCAAAUUAUCAGACCUGAUGCGGUUUUCAAGCCAGAGCCGGAAGAGCCGUGGGUCAUAGAAGCAGCCCCGCGUCGGACCUCGGCAGAAGAAGUCUGGCUAGAUAACAGUCUCAAAAUGUGGCACCAGGAUAAUCAAGACAAGCUUAGAAGUGUGGAGAGAGGCCAUGAAUAUGAUGUUUUUAGGAAAAUAUUUCAUUCAAGCAUUAACUUUGUUCAUUUAGCAAUGAGACCCCAUAAACGUGGCUCAGGUGAAAAAAGUUUGAAACAUCCUUUUGAGUUUCUUAUUCCAAAAAAUAACCGUGGAAGAAAGAAACCUGAUGAGCUCAAUAAGAAAUAUUUAUUGUAUAUCAAAGCUGAUAGAACCCAUGGUGGAGAGCCAUACUGUGAUUGCAGUAAAUGUAGGAAGGCUAGCAGGACAGGGUCAUGGCCCCGUGCAAACCGCAGAACACACACAGGAGUCCACUUGUGCGUGGACUGCGGCAACGUUUUCAGUAAGAAGUCACAGCUCAUCGUCCACCAGCGGACGCACACGGGAGAGAAGCCCUACGGCUGCAGCAAUUGCGGGAAAGCCUUCUCCCAGAAGUCCUUGCUCACUAUUCAUCAGAGGACGCAUUCAGGAGAAAAACCAUAUGGGUGUGGAGAAUGCCAGAAAGCUUUCAGUAGGAAGUCCCUGCUCAUUUUACACCAGAGGACGCACACGGGAGAAAAGCCCUAUGGCUGCAGCGACUGCGGGAAGGCCUUCAGCAGGAAGUCGCAGCUCAAGAGACAUCAGAGAACCCACACGGUGGAGAAGCCCUAUGGCUGCAGCGACUGCGGGAAGGCCUUCUCCCAGAAGUUAAAGCUCAUUACCCACCAGAGAACUCACACCGGGGAGAAGCCCUAUAACUGCAGUGAUUGUGGGAAAGCCUUCUUCUGGAAGUCACAGCUGAUUACACAUCAGAGGACUCACACAGGGAAGAAACCGUAUGCCUGUACUGAGUGCACAAAAGCCUUCAGCAGGAACUCACUACUCAUCAGGCAUCAGAGGAUCCACACGGGGGAGAAGCCCUACGAGUGUGGCGAAUGUGGCGAAGCCUUCAUCAGAAAACCACAGCUCAUCAAGCACCAACUGACGCACACGGGAGAGAAGAACUAUCAGUGCGGUGACUGUGAGGAGGCGUUCUUUAAGAAGUCAGAGCUACUCCGCCAUCAGAAGACUCACUUGGGGGAGAAACCCUAUGGAUGUGUCGAAUGUGGAAAAACCUUCUUUGGGAAGUCCCAGCUCCUAACACAUCAGAGAACUCACACUGGCGAGAAGCCGUAUGAAUGCGGUGAGUGCGGGAAGGCCUUCACCCAGAAGUCCAGCCUGAUUUCACACCAGAGGACGCACACAGGGGAGAAGCCCUAUGAGUGCACAGAGUGUGGGAAGACCUUCAGUGAGAAGUCAAGCCUCAUUCAUCACCAGAGAACCCAUACUGGAGAGAAACCCUUCGAAUGUAGUGAGUGUAGGAAAGCUUUUGCCUGGAAGCCACAGCUUCUUAGGCAUCAGAGAAUUCAUACAGGGGAAAAACCUUAUGAAUGCAGUGAAUGUGGGAAAGCCUUUGUUCAGAAAGUGCAGCUCAUUAAGCAUCAGAGAAAUCACACAGGAGAGAAAACCUACGGGUGCAGUGAGUGUGCAAAAGCCUUCUUUGAGAAGGCACAGCUCAUUAUCCAUCAGAGAAUUCACACAGGGGAGAGACCCUAUCAAUGUGGUGAAUGUGGGAAGUCUUUCACUAGAAAGUCUCACCUUAUGAGGCAUCAGCGAAUUCACACGGGAGACAAAUAUGCUGGGUGUGGUGAGUGUGGGACCGCCUUCAGCAGGAAGUCACAGCUCAUGCUUCACCAGAGGACUCACAUACUCUAGAAACAGCGUUAUGCCGUGAAUGUGGGAAAUCUGGCGUCUGAUGUCGCCUUUUGAUGUGUCCAAGGACACACACGCAGGAGCAACCCUGUCAGUGCCCUGGGAAGGCAGGUCUCACCCAAUUCAGAGAGGGAAUUUGUUUAAGUAGACAGUGUAAGGGAGCCUUCUCCCAGAACACACAGCUUAUCACCCAUUGAUGACUUAACGUGGAAGUCUUAGCAGUAUCGUGUAGCAGACCUUGUAGUCAGAAGUGACAGCUCGUUGUUAGAGGACCUACACUCGAGGGGAAACUGGACUGCUGUAAAAACCAAGCAAGAGGUUUCAUCAAGAAAGGAUAACUCACAGUACACUAGAGGGUAUAUACACAAAGGAAAUGCUGAAUCGCCUGAGCUGGAGAUUUCCGUGUGGGGGAGAGGGCCUAAUGGGAAGAAUUUUGAUAAGUGUGAUCCUAUUGAAAGAAUCCUAUAACGUUGUGUUUGUUGUAUAUAAGUUAUUAUGGAAAUGGUUAUUUUAAAAUGGUAGAUGUGUUUUAAGUAUGAAAACUUCUGCUUUCUGCUGUGUUGGUACGGCAAGAACCAGAUUGACUCCCCUGCCUUCAGCAGUUAGAGACUGUAAAAUGUAUGUGAAAGAAUGGUUGAGAGACCUAUGGCAAGCAGGUGUCUGUGAUCCCCGGCAGAAGGCGGACAGAGUGAGGUGCGCUCCCAGGCUGCCGUUCGGGGAAGGGAACACAUGCGGUCUUGUCGAAGAGAGCUGCUGACUUGGCCUUUGGAGAGGCCACAGUAGCUAGAAUUUAUAGGGAGAGGAGAGGAGAGAGCUUUCUAGAGAGAGGGCUGCAGACACCUACAAGGAGUCCCCUUGAGUCUUUUGGCUUAGCGCUGAUUGGCAUGUGUGUGAAAGGAAAAGUCGUGCUGGAAAGCAGGAGGCUGAACAGGUCCCAGAAAUCAGUGCCAGGCUGGGAGUAAAGUUCCCGCCAGCUAGAGUGGAAACAACUUUGAACACGUGGGGCAUCAGGUAGGGUUCCCAGAAGACUAUGAUCUUGUGAAGGAACUAACCCUAGAUUCAGAGCUGCUCUGGACCCACGAUGUCUGGUAUCCAGAAACUUCCUGAUGCGCAAAGAAACUAUGAGAAUACGACUUGUAGCCAGGACAAAAAUGAGCCCAUAGAAGAGACAUAGAAGAGACUGAAGCAGUUGGCAUUGGAUAAGGGUGUUUGACUAGCUUUUAUGAAUAUAGAGGAAAACAUGAACAUGACAAGACCUGAAGUGGAAGGUGUAUUUUCAAAACCCCAAGUGGAACUUCUCAGGAUGAAAACAGUGGUAAUCUGAAAAUUAAAAACAAAUAACAAACAAACAAAAAACCCCCACACCAACACCAAAAAACCCAACUCUGGAUGGAAUUAAGAACAGAUGAGACACAGAAGAAGAAAAAUCGAUGAAUUUAAGUAAGAAUAAAAAAAACUAACUGUCCAACUGAUGUACAGAGGUAAAAAGCCUGGGAGAAAAGAGAGGAGGGGUCCAUUGUAGUGGGAGCAGGGUCCUAGCAGGAGAGGAGGGGCUGGGGAAGAGAAGUAACAAGGGAGCUGAGUAAGUGACAGCUGAAAUUGUUACCCAUGGGAUGAAAAGUGUCACUGCACAUAUUCAAGGAGUUCAAAGGACCCCAAACAAGACGCACAAAAAACCCUGUUAACGGACAUCAUAGUCAGAUGGAAGAAGAACAGUUACAAAGCACCUCGGGAGAGACAGGGCGCGCUCACAGAACAGAGUACAACGGCUCGUGGGCAGAGGCUGCUCGGGCUGCGGGGCAAUGGAGUGAGUGACGACUUUGGAUUACUGAGGGAAAAAUAAAGCCCCCGCACCCUGGUAUUUGUCUGUUACCCAUCAAGAAGACCUCAAAAAUGAAAGCAAAAAAAGAGGCUUUUUCAGGAGAACAAAAUUAGAGAAUUUAUUAGCUGUAGGCUUUCCUCCAGGAAAAUUUAAGUAAGUCUGGGGGCCACAGGAAAGGAAUGCUGGCUGGAAAUGUGGAUCUACAGGAAGAAACGAAGAGUUCUGGGAGUGCUGAAUAUGUGGUAAAUAUAAUAGAUUUUUUUUCUCGUUUUAAAAUGUUUUAAAAGGGUAAUCCAUUGUUUAAAGCCAAAUAGUGACAGUGUGUUGUGGGUUAUGAUCUAUUUAGAAAUAUAUGACAAAAACAACACUUUGGAUGAAGUUUCCAAAGUAGUUGAAUUGACUACAUCCUCCGAGUCCGAAGCCUGCUUCCCCAGGGCUCAGGGUGACUUGGAUCCGUAGCAGCUGCGCACGAGUGGCCCAUGUGAUGGACCGGCAUGUGUGCCGGCGCAUCCCCGCCCUCCUCUCUCUGCUCUGCACCCCAGGGGCUGUCCCUCUAGGGUUCCUACUGAAGUGUGAACGGGGGAGAUGCUAGAUCGCCCGUGGGAGGAGAGAGGCUGGACCAUUCAUUCCCCCCACCGCCUCCCUUUCCUGGACCUUGGUUUUGGCAGAGUCUGUUGCUGUAUGGCCCGGCUCCUGCGGGGCGGCCCUCCUUUGGGGCUGUAGACUCUCCCUUCUCCGCUCCCACCUCCCUCUCCUUGCCCUUCACGUGCCUCACCAUCCCUGGCGGGCGUCCUUACUUCUGAACUCGUUAUCUGUGAAUAGUCGCUCAGUUAAAUGGGCUUGAGUUAAAAUUUGGAGUGCACCAGUUGUUUUCUGUGCCGUGUUAAGGUUGAGCACUUAACAGCGUUUUGAGUGCCAGUUACUGGUGCGUGUGCCUCACAGGGCACAGACUGACAUCUGUCAAGAUUCCCCACACGAAAUGUCAGUGUUUUCUCUCUCUUUUUUUAAACCAUUCCACAGAAAUUAUAACAAGUAACAAAGUGUUUUGUGUUUUGUGUUUUGUUUUGCUGCAAAUGCCCAUGGCUGCACGGAUUGCCAUCUGCUACGUGUCCAGUGGUCUCGCACUUAGUACUAACCCUUCUUCAGCAAUAGAAGCCAAAACACUUAUGAAGUCUUAGAGCUACCUCUGGAUUAGCCAAGCAAUUUACAGAAACACAUUGGCGUUUAUGUUCAAUAUGUAUGGACAAGAAAAAAGGAUAACCAGGACCUGAGUGAGGUGGAAAGGAAUGGUGCCUCACAGAUCCCAGUAUCUCCUUUAGAAACACUGCUGGGCAUACCCUCAUUCCAUAUUCUGCUGCUUCUCUGUAUAAUUCAUGUAAUCUGUAACCCAUGGACAAGAUUUCCAUGCCAGUAAGAAUUGCCACAGAGGGUCUCUAAAGGCUCCACACCAGGGCCCAUCACCAGCACGACAGUCUGGGGAAGUCAGAGUCAGGUUGAAGUGGGCUGCCUUCGAGCCUGGACGCGGCAGCCCCGUCCGUUGUCACUUGUCAGAUACCUCUUAGGAAGUUCACCUUUCUUCACCCUCUCUCACCUGGCCCUCUUCUCUUGGUACCUGGGCGGCUUUUGAAGGGAAAUAAUUGCCCUUAGGCUACACAGCUGCAUUUUCUCUCCGGGUGCGCUUGCGUUUCGGUGUGCAUUUUGAACUUUUCAUGCAGGUCUUCCGUUUUGUGUAACCCUGAAAGACGCCAUUCACAAUGUAACCUGUGCCAAUAAACUUGUGUAUUUCUCUGGU